ACGUGCCGUGGACUCGAUGUUAGUGCGAAACGAUGAUUUUUCGUGCUGACAAUUCUUCUUAUUCGAGAAUUUUUGCGCAUCGAUACGUAGGAUCGUGAUUUACGAACGUUGGCGUGGCGAUUAGGCGACAAAGUUCACGUAAAGUCGUCGAAUUGUGGAUGGUGCUAGUGCGAAUUCUGUGCUGUGUACGAUCGUGGUCUUCUCGUGUGCAUUCGUGCCGCUGUCAACGAGAGCCUGGAAUAUCUGGACCACAGGAUAAUUAUACGAUAGAAUUCUACGAAUCGCGUUAGAAACACAUUGCGAAACUGCGAUUCGAGAAACGAUAAGAUGCAGUAUCUACGCGAACGAAGCAAAAUCGCGUGAGGUACGCCCCUUUGGCAGGUGCCAAUAACAGUUUUGCGACAUUCAUCGAGAGAAUCGACCACCGAAGACGCACAGGCUCUUGAAGAGGCUUAUUCCGGAACGCGUCCCCGAAUCCAUCAAGGAGACCCACUUCUCUAACUUUGAAUUUAUCACCUCGCUUGGUUUGUCCACUGUUUCGCGCAAAAUCGAUAGAGAAGCUCGCACAUUGUUCGUGGAUUGUGGAACGCUCUCGCGAGGAGUGUUACCGACAAAAAUAGCAGAGUCCUCGGCAAAUACGAUUCGAGUGUCCUUAGUUCUCGGUGCUCGUCCUUUGCUGCGUCUUGUCGCGAUUAACCGGCGUUAUUUCCUGCGACUUUUAACAACGCUGCACUCGGCGCUGCUUGUCGAACGUUUAUCGUGGGUUUUGAAACAUCGUGUAGUCUGGUACUGGCCGUGCAGUUUUAAUUUCUGUGAAUAUUCGGGAUCGACGCGAGAGUGCCAAUCGGGGCUAAAAUCGACGACGGUGUCGUAACGUAAAUAAUAAACUCGUAGCCAUCCCGAGAGACACUCUAACCUUACUCCGAAGGAAAUUCGCGUUCGUUGCGCCUAACCUUCGCGUUGUCGAUCGUGGUGCUUUUAUUUUUUGGGACAAAGUCGUGUGCAUGCCCGAUGGCACCGUGACACGCGAAAAAUCCGCGCGUCCGUGGGUAAACGUGAAAUUCUUUGAACGAACAUCGUCUCGCCGGCUAUGACGAGAACAAGGACCCGUUCGUACGAAUCGUCGCUGCCACCGUCGCGGAUGCUGUGAUUUCAUUGAAUGUGGAGUGCGAUCUCGCGCCUUUUCGUUAAGGGCAAAACCGAGGAACCUGCCCCGUGGACGGAGGAUCGGACGUGUGACAGUGUGUCCGAUACGGUCGUCCAUGUUUUCGACGCAAUGGAUCGUAACGUGGGUGACGAUCGACGAAAAGGCCCUGUCGGCGAGCAACAGCACGCCGCAGCCGAAUCUGAACACUACUCCGACGCCUAUGACUCCCGACAGGCCAAACAACGUGCCUCCGUAAGAUGGCUCCUGUCAAAGGCGUACAACAACCGAGUGCCAGAAAAUCUUCGCGAGCCCUAUUAUGUCGAUCAUGAGGAUCAAGAGCACCUGAAGCCGCAGAUCGUCCACGCACUUUCCAAUGCAGAACUAUACUGUUUGGCAUUGGCUAAUAUUUAUUCGGAUCCAAAUUAUCACAAUCAGAAUCAUUGCGGUAUUCUGCAGGCUCUCGCCAGAAAGGGUGUUUAUCUUGCGGAGCCAAACAAUACUCAACUCACCGAAACGAUCCUCAUUCAAAAUUCACCUCUCAAGAUGUCCGCGCAUAUGGCUGUGAUAGAGGGCCUGAUGGUCCUGUACGCGAAAGAAGUGGUGACCGGCGACCGCGUGGUCUCGGCUAUUCGACGAUUCGACCCCCAGGCCGACGUCGACGUCCCGACGGACCACGAAAAGGGUCUUCUCCUUUGGAUAAGCCACGCGUCGCAAGCGUUGAUCGCAAAAAUCCAAAUCGAGGAGGGGGCCGGUGAUAAAACGCGACUGCCAGAGCUGCCCGCUGCCAAGGACUUCCAAUCACUAUGCGAUGGCGUCGGUCUAGCCGCGGUCGUGGCAUUUUAUUGCCCCGGCGAACUGAACUGGAUGGACAUCCGCGUGUCGAAGAAACCGUCGGUCGCGGACGCCCUGCACAAUCUCUCGUUGGUUCACACCUUUUGUAACAGAUGUUUACCGUAUUCCAUUUUUCACACGCAACCCGAGGACGUGACGUACAUGAGGGGGUCUAUGAAGCAAAAUUUAGUCGUUUUCCUGGCGGACAUGUACAACGUGUUGGAAAUUCAUCCUGCAAAGUGCGUACGUUACCCCGGCGAGGAGAGGGCGAUGCAAUUCUUAGAUGCCUGCCCGCGCAAUAGUCAUGGCGUAGCUCAUAAAAGAAGUCUGCCACAGUCUAUAGCUCCGAUACCUGAUCUGAGAAGCAACCUCUCCGUAUCCGCGCCAGGCUUCACAGUUGCGAAAGCCUCGCCGUCACCAUCUGUGAAGAAGUCGCAAUCCUUACAACAGACUGCCGAAAAUUAUUCUCACGACGACAGAGUCGGUAGGCGAUUGCUGAAGCAUUUCUCCGCGAUUCCUCUAGAGAAGUCCGUUUCGUCGACUGUUUGCAGACGUACUGGUAGCGAGGAGAGUUUCGUAGUCCAUCGCGGUAAAGGCAUUCCUACGUUAAGCUCGGUGGCUGACGAGAAAUCGUUAGCCAGAGCAGACGCCGCUGGUCGGCCAAGUAACUGGGAAGAACAGAGGAGAAGUUCUUACGCUGGCCGACGAUCUAGACGCAACAGCGUCUCGGACGAUUCUCAGUUGACCAUAGAAAACUUUGGAGGAUCUCAGGAUAAUUUGCACAACUUCGGUAGAAAUCCGGACAAGGAAGUUGGGGGUCACAUAGGCAAACAGAGUGCCACCGAGCCUACUUUGCCCGCUAGAUCCAGCGUUCAGGAUGUUUAUGGGAGCGGCGUGCAACAUAUACUGUCCGACAACGGUUAUGGGAUCGACGAGCCCCCAAGAUUGAGACGGCAAGCCUCGAACUCUAGCUUGGACAACGUGGCACUCAAGCAAAUUUUACAUUCCAGUGAGAACGAUAAUUCGGAGGGUGAUUCCUCUAAGCUAGCGAGCUUCGCGAAUUUGAACAGGCAAAGCUCGGACAAGGGUAUAAAUCUGAACUAUACGGAGUCCGACGAUACCAAUACCAAGUCGAAUAUUUCCAACAAGAAGCAUGGACAGACUAACGGGAACGGGAACGGGGAAAAGAAAACGACGUUCGCCACUUUACCGAACACCACCACGUGGCAGCAACAGAGCAACCAGCAAUCCCAGCAAGCUGAACAACACUCCGCCGAUGAAAACGGUGGUAACACGUUUAUGGCCUCACAACUGAAUAAUAUUAGAUUGAAGCUGGAAGAGAAACGUCGUCACAUAGAGAACGAGAAGAGGAGAAUGGAGGUUGUUAUGUCGAAACAGCGUCAGAAAGUGGGCAAAGCUGCAUUCUUGCAAGCUGUUACAAAGGGUAAGGUUAAAUCUCCCUCUUCGUCAACGUCUGGGGGGGACAGUCCUGCCGAAAUUGGUCCCCCCACUCCUGUAACCUCCGGAUCUUCGGGGGAGACCCCGUCAAGCGUUUCCGAGACGACCCCCGUACCCCAACAAACCUUUCAAGAAAAACCACAGAGACCCUUCUCGCUCAAGGAAAUUAGUGAGGAUGUUCGGGACGUUGAGCAUAAGUGGUUGGAGCACGAUGGUAAUGCACCGUUUAUUGAAACGAGACGUACUCCAGACAUUGAGAAUAUGGAUCUUGACCAAUACCAUCAGUCCAUAUCACAGAUGAAUAGCAGUCUUAGCGAAAUACAAGCCGAUAUACAACGUUUAGCAAAUCAACAAAAUCAGAUACAACAGCAACAUUUAAUGACACACCAUCAGCAACAAAUGCAACAUCAAUUGCAACAGUUACAGAGUCUCAGUCAACAACACAUGCAAAGUUAUGGAAUGACGCCUAUAAGUACAUUAACCCCAAAGUUGCAAGAUUCCCAACAGUCUCAGUUUUAUUUACACGACCAACCGCAACUGCAAAGACGAAUGUGGGGUCAGCCGCCUCCCACGCAAAGUUUGGCAAACGAAAUGGCCGCGGUUGGGUACCAGCAACAAAUUGAUACGAGAUAUAGUUCUCCGUCGCCAGUUUAUCAUCAAGAUUUGCGCUUGUAUCAAGACACACGGAAUUGGGGAUCGCACCCACCUCAACAGAAAGGGUUCGUUUUGCACGAUACUUCCCAAGAACCGAGGUACCUUAAUGGCGGGGAUCAUAGUCUUUGUAAUAAUCAAAUGAGUCAUCCUGGUUCCACAUAUCCCACAUCUUCGUCUAUCUUUAAUCAAACUCCACCGUCUUCUGCUAGUCCACAACAUCGUAAUGCUGUUCAUCGAAUAAGUCAGUUAAUGAGCGAGAGCCCCGAACCAAAAAGGCCGACUGUACACCACAUACCGAUUAAAUGCGAAAGUCCAAUCGAAAAGAGGCAAGUUACUGCGUUGCACGCGCCCGUUCCAGCUCCACCCGUCGACGAUAUGAAACCUCAAAAUAUUUCGUUUAUUGGAAACGACGAUGAGCUUUCACAAGGCAUAAGAGGUUUACACAUCACGUCUGGCAACCGUACAUAUAGAAUUCCAUCGCCGACUAGACCUUCUAUAUCACGUAAUUCGUUUCAACCCCAUCCAUCGUUAAGAGAAGCCACACCAUCUCCGUCUGGUACACCGGAAGUUACGCCCCUCGAUCCAACCGACGCCGGGGAAAAAGGAUUUUACAUUUGCUUCGACAACGACGCGCCGAAGAAGCCGAAACCCACUCUCAAAGUGAAAAGAACAUCUCCCAAGAAGGAACGAACAGUAUCCUCCUACAUCGACAACGAAGAUUUCAUGGUACGUUCCGAAUCCCCGUCCACCAUCACUGACAGAAAGCUCCUGGAAGCUAGGCGGGAUUCGGAUCGAGAGAAGCAGCGUCAGCUAGACGAAAGGGAAUAUCAUCGACAAGAAAUGAGAGAUAAGGAGUUGCAAAGAGAGGGGGAAAGAGAGAAGCAAAGAGAGCGACGCGAUGCUAGCGCGGAGAGUCGACAAUCCGGAGUCGGACUAAUAAUUGGAAAUCAGCUCGCGAAUCCUGAUCCAAAUUCCUUGGACGAAAUGGAGCGAAAGAAAGAGCGCAUAAUGCUGCUGUCGUUGCAAAGAAGGCAACAGCAAGAGGAAAUGAAAGAGAGGAAAGAAGCAGAGGCACAAGCGCGCAGGGAACAAGAGAAAAUGAAAGCGGAGGAAAGAGCUCGUAAAAAGGAAGAGGAAAGACAACGAAGAGCAUCUAUUUUAGAGCAACAUAAAGUUAAGAAGGCAAUAGAAGAGGCAGAGAGAGAAGGCAAGGUUAUCGAUAAGGAGCUUCUAAAUGCAAUAAAGCCAACAAAACUGCGUAAUAAGACUGCAACGACCCGGCCACGACCCAAGACGAUUCACGUGGACGCUGGCGCCGAGUUGGACUCCGGGGCACUGACGCCCAGUCGCGGGAAAAAGGGAUCUUCUUCUAACCUAAGCACAGCGUCGCUGACCUCCCCGACGAUGAGGCGAGACUACUACCGAGGCUCGCAGGACAGUCUUACUGCUGCCCAUUUUGAUGACCGACGUUCCGGCCCUCUUUAUCGGGGCGGCAGUCUCAGGGUAUCUUCCGUAGAUUCGCCCGACGACGGUAGAGGAUCCUCGCCUUGUCGAAGCAUGAAUCAACUCGGUCGACGCGGUUCCUACAAGACAUCCAGAGAUGUGCAGGAGCCUCAGCAACAGGUUAGAGGCAGGCCUAAAUAUCCGAGUUACCAAAACUUUAAGGGGAGAAAGUCUAAUUCCUUGAUGAAUUUGUGUGGUUCGAGUAGUGAUCAAGACGGUAUGAUGUGUCGAUACACAGAUACGGAUAGCGGUCUGGGCAGAGCAACGCCUCCGAGGAGAGCUCCGAGUCCCGGAAUGGGCAGCAUGAGGCAUCUUCCAUCCCCGUCGGGCCCUGGCUCCUUACCUCCCGGUUUGAUGACGAAGAGAAGAGUAUUCGACGACGGCAGCAGCGACAUCAGCAGCACGCCCAGUUCGAUGAUGGACUAUAACGGUCCAAGAUUGUAUAAGCAGCCAACGACAAAAUCGAAUCGUGGUAUCAUGUUAAAUGCUGUGGAAUAUUGUGUGUUUCCGGGCACGGUAAACAAAGAGGCGAAAAGGAGAGUUUUAGAUGAAAUCGCGAGAUCGGAAAGCAAGCACUUCCUUAUUUUAUUUCGAGAUGCUGGCUGCCAAUUCCGAGCUCUCUACUCAUACUGCCCCGACAGAGAAGAAGUAUCGAAAUUAUACGGCACCGGGCCGAAACAAGUCAUCGAUAAAAUGUUCGACAAAUUUUUCAAAUACAAUUCGGGAGGAAAAUGCUUUUCACAAGUUCAUACAAAGCAUCUGACUGUAACCAUAGAUGCCUUUACAAUACAUAAUAGUCUUUGGCAAGGGAAAAAAGUGAAUUUGCCGAACAAGAAAGACAUGCCUCUCGUCAUAUAGUUUUACACAAGUGUCACACUUAACAUUAUGCUACUCUAUGCCCUCUGUUGUUCAUAGUUACUAUUUUAAUACAGGCCCAUAUUAAAUUAAUGCAAACGUUGCGUUCUUAGUCAAUUUUAUAAGGACAAAUGAUUGAUGCUGACUCGCGAAUUUAAGUACUCUCAUUAAAUAUGAUUAUACGGUUACAAUUAAACGGAGCAUUGUUACCAUACGUUUCCCUUUAAUUUGUCUUCUGUUUUCUUCCCCCCUCCCCUCUCCCCCUUUUUUAAGUUAACGUUGGCAUCAAUCACUGUGCCGUAAGAUUACCAAUAUCUACCAUAGGAACGGUUUGUUGUCAGUAUCUAAUAUCUUUGCGGACUAACUUUCGACGUGUAACCGCCUUGUAAUCAUGUAAGCUGCUGUGUUGUAAAUGAAAGAUGUGACUGAUUAUAUUAUAUUAUAUUUCUUAUAUUCUUUUUUUUUCGCUAUGAGAGGCAGGGCUUUCAUGAAUGUUACGUAAUUCGCACACGCGUUAAUUAAAAAAUUUCUUAAUUAUUAUUAUCGUAGUUGUCUUUUAUCGAUCGAUCGCCAAACGCAAACGGAGGAUCGUUUCUGACAGAGUGAAAGAUUUAAAUAUUCGAUGCGAUUUUUCUAUUUCAUUAAUUUCUAAUAGAACAGCGAAUAGCAAAAAAUUCGCUGUGCGUUAAAUUUUCUGCUUUAGCAUCGUAAGUUCUACGGUUUUUUAUUAAAUUUUUUCAAGCUCAAAAUUAUUUUGAAUUCCUUGAAUUGUAGUGUGUGUCACUGUCGCUAUGUAAGGCUAAUUAAUGAUUCCUCGUAACUGUUGACAGUUGCAACAGAAUAUACAGGCUCGGAGCAAACUAUAGGUAAGAACUUAGGGAUCAGUGGAGCACAGUAGGAGAAACGAAAACGCCAUAAUAAACAUAUUAGCAAAAAAUUCGUUGUGAACGAUAAUUGUGAACUGUGAUUGGACAAAUUUCUUUGUUAAAUCUGGUUUUGGAGGUUAUGGAAAUUAAUUCGUAUUGUAAACUAUUACAGAUAUAUAUAUCUAUAUCCAUUUUAAAAUUAAUCGAUACGUCGAAUUUUCGAGGUUAGAUUGUCUAGAAAAAAUUUAAAUAAUACGGAAUAAAACUCCAGUACUCAAACAGUAUUAAUCCAACUAUUAACCAGAACUGUUGCCUUCGAAAUUAGAAAACAGAAUGUGUUCGAAACGAUAUUUUUUAAAAAUCGUUUGGUGCCGUCUGACGACUUCUAUCAACCCUAAAAUUUGAACCUAUAGUUUCUCUACAUCCUGAAUAGUGUAAUUCGUCGAGUAAGAAGAACCAGCUCACGGACAAAAGUGGAUAUGUACAUAAAUAAGUUGAUUUUGAUUAGUGGAAGAGAAUACCAAAUCAGCCUUAAGAUCAAUCCGAAUGUAAUCGAUGUGCGAGGAUGAUUUUCUUUUUUUUUUAUUACUGUGUAGGUACGUGAUAAUUUAUAAUACGCUGCGUUGAUUUCAAUUGUUUGAGUUUUGUGAAGCGUGAAUAUAGAAAUCGCAAGGAUUUGAGAGGAGAGAAUGGGACCGUACCAAACAGUACCAAAAUUAAAAUCUCCGAGGGAAAGAUAUUGUCGAGGAGCGUAAAUAUGGCAACUGGUGUGAGAUUUUCGAUCGAAUUGUUCUAUUUCCUGCGCGCAUUACAUACUUAUCUUUUUGUGACAUACGAGACCGUACGAAAUCUUGUAUCGUUUUCUGUUUGUAAGAGGAAAGCAGAUGGCAUGGAAUUUACACCGUUAAAUUUCCCGGGCCUAAAAUGCGAUUUUAAUCAAACGUGUCUGCAUUCCUCGCAACCCCUGGCGGCGUGUUAGCAAUUUAUUUAUGAACGUCUUAGCGUAAAUUUUAACGAAGCGGACUAAAGUCUGACCGGUUUGAUGAGUUGGGCAGUCCCCUUUACGAGUUUUGACGGCAGCAUGGAUUUAUUUUCAGAUGUAAAUUGCUCCCUUUUAGUAUGGUUCUUAUUUCCUAAUGGAACGUGUCAGUCCAAUUUCAAGCGAACGUAAUAAUGCGGCCCCCGUACUGUACAUGAUGAAUAAUUAGCAUAAUAAUGUAACGGAAGAACUAUUUAUUGUGCCAUAAAUUUAAUGUCCGCCCUUCGUGUGGGAUUGGCACUGACCUUCCAUCUUGACAAUUCGAUCUUUUUAACGUAUAUACAAUUCGUUUGUCGUAAUAUGCUAAUAGGACGAAUGGAUAGUAAUAGAUAGAAAUACAUUUUUGUACAGAAAUAUGGAGGGUCUGUCCAUUGUAGAAUUUUCAUUCUGUUCGUUCGUUUAAUUAAGUUAUAUCGUAAGGUUUAAUAAUUUUCGUAUUUUAUCUUGGCGGGCAUGUGCAUGGAAUUUCGAGCAAUGAUGUUAAAGAGAAAAAAAAUAACGAAAAAGAAAAAAAAGAAUCGGUUCACUUUAGACCCCCUAUAUUCUGCAAUGGCGUAACACACAACCGUAUUGAUUAUUACUAAGUAAUUAACAUAUCGAAUUUCAUGUUCUCCAUGAUUAAUCGCGGAAAAUAUAUUUUUAAUUCGCAACGACAAAACUUGGUUCGAUCGUCCCGAAUUAUUUCGAUAGCCUCGGUGCACGAGACUUGGGGUAAAAGGAAAUUUAAAAAAAAAUCCGUCGAUUAUAGUAUCCAAAGAAAAAGUUCAUUAUUCUAUUCUCGUCUAUUGUAAACUAUCGUCGUGAAAUAUGGUGGAUAGAAAAAUUUUCGCGAGCUUCAAAACCUUGAAACAGUCCGACUUGACAAUAUUGAACGUGAAGUAAAAACGCCAUAAGAUGAAUUGUGAGACGUGGUAAGUCGAGUACAGUGAAUGGGGGGAAAAAAAAUUAUGAUAACGAUGUAGUCACUAAUCUUAAGGGUCAACGAGGAGAGUAUCGGGCUUGAGAUGGGAUCGAACACAAAGUUUAAGAAAAGGAUGUGUUAACUGUGGGUGGAAAAGUGGUUGCUUGUGCUUGAUAUUUAUAUUUUUCGAAGCAGAGAAUAUUAUUAGUGAGCUGGCACCGGCGUGAUAAAUAAUGAAACAAAGACAGAGAUACGAAUGGAAUAUAAAUAAUCGCGCUUACUAAUAAUAAACGAUUACCUUUUAUGUAACAAUCCUUCAUUUUUAUUAUCGCAAGGAAAACGGAAACUGAAACUUCGUAAAAUCAUAAAUGUUCGAUUUAUCCAUGUCUGUAAAUAUUAUGUUUUUAUAUACGCAUAAAUGAAAACUACCACUCGAUGAUAUAUAUUUAUUGAGUACGUCAAGUAAAUUUCGGUCAUAUUUUACUGUUAGCAUCUUGCAGUCAUCAAUAAAAUUUAAUAACCUACUUUGCAAUAGACUUUUAUUCUUCUGCGAACGAUAAUAUAUCGAACUAAGUGUAUUAUUCGUAUUAUUGGGCUGUAAUGUUAAUGUACAUAAAUUUUUGGAGUACAGAAGAGGGU